AUGUCUGCUUCGCUUUCCAAGAACUUUGAGACCUUGCAGCUCCACGCGGGCCAGGAGAUCGACUCCAAUACCAAGUCGAGAGCCGUGCCUAUCUAUGCCACCACCUCCUUUGCCUUUGACGACUCGCGUCACGGUGCCCAGUUGUUUGGUUUAGAGAAGGAGGGCUGGAUCUACUCCCGUAUCAUGAACCCAACCAACGACGUGUUUGAGAAGAGAAUAGCUGCGUUGGAGGGUGGGAUCGGUGCCGUCGCCGUCUCCUCCGGCCACGCGGCCCAGUUUUUGGCGCUUUCCGGGUUGUGUUCCGCCGGGGAUAACUUCGUGUCCACAUCCUUCCUUUACGGCGGUACCUACAACCAGUUCACCGUCACCUUCAAGAAGUUUGGCAUCGACGCCAGAAUCGUGAACGGUGACGAUGCUGCUGAGUUCGAAAAGUUGAUCGACAACAAGACUAAGGCAUUGUACGUGGAAUCUAUCGGUAACCCAAAGUACAAUGUCCCAGACUUUGAAAAAUUGUCGGCGCUUUCCACCAAGUAUGGUAUUCCGCUCGUGGUCGACAACACUUUCGGUGCUGGAGGUUACACCGCUAAACCAAUUGACCACGGUGCGCACAUUGUGGUCCACUCUGCGACCAAGUGGAUCGGCGGGCACGGUACCACCAUGGGCGGUGUCAUUAUCGACUCCGGGAAGUUCCCAUGGAAGGACUACCCAGAGAAGUUCCCGCAGUUCUCCCAGCCUUCCGAAUCGUACCACGGCUUGGUCUUGAACGAGGCAUUGGGCACCGCGGCCUUCAUUGGCUACGCCAGAAUCGAGUUGUUGAGAGACAUCGGGCCAGCUUUGAACCCAUUUGCCUCCUUCUUGUUGUUGCAGGGCUUGGAAACCCUCUCCCUCAGAGUCGAGAGACAGAACUCCAACACCUUGAAGUUGGCCCAGUAUUUAGAAGCAUCCGCGCACGUCGCGUGGGUCUCCUACCCGGGCUUGAAGUCCCACCCGUACCAUGACAACGCCAACAAGUACUUGACCGGCAGAGGCUACGGUGGUGUUCUCUCCUUCGGUGUCAAGGCUUUGGAGGGUGACGCGCCGGAGGAUCCGUUCGAGGAGUCUGGCGCCCGGGUUGUUGAUAGCUUAGAGUUGGCCACCCAAUUAGCCAAUGUCGGUGACUCCAAGACCUUGGUUAUUGCCCCCUACUACACUACCCACCAGCAGUUGUCUGCCGAGGCGAAGGUCAAGGCCGGUGUUACCAAGGACUUGAUCAGAGUUUCCGUCGGUACCGAGCACAUUGAUGACAUCAUCGGUGACUUUGAGCAGGCAUUGAACAAGGUGUUCAAGAAGUAA